UAUUUGUAUUCUCGACGUCACCGUAGAGAUAUACCCGCUAAAAGAAAACAAAAACCAAGUGUCGGAAUCAAGAAUUGCCGAUAUUAUUACGUUCUUAAUCCUACGUACGUAGCGAUUAAUCUGUCGAUAUUGAUUUGAGGACGAUUGUUUGAAGCUGUGUGAGAGUUGUAUAUUUGUCUCAACCAACCAUAUGUGACUUUAAUAACUACCACCAUGGACUUUGAUCAACCAAUCGAAGAGAUCCAGCGAGAAGGGAAGGAAGAGGGGCUUUAUGAUUUCUCUUACGAUGAUGACGAAGGCAACGCCCAGGAUCCCGACGGUGCGAUUGAUGAUGAAACCAAUAUGUCCGCCCUUGAUCUUUACACCGACAUGGUCAUCCGAGACAGUGAAGAGGCCGCUUUAUCUAUGGCUAAGCUCAAGGAAGAAAAGACAUCUUUCAAAACUCAACUUGAUGCCGCCUUGAUUGAAGUCACCAAGUUAACCAAAGAGAAUGAGUCCUUGACUAAAGAGAACCAAGUCCUGAAGAGCAACAUCUCUAUCCUGUUGAAGACAGCCAAGAUGGAGUUGCAACGGAAGGACAGAGAACUCAAUGAAUUACGUGAUAUGCAACUUGUUGGAGGAAGACCUACAGCAAGUGCUCCCCCUCGUAAGACUAGAAGACUUCCCAAGCAUCAUCGGCAGCCUGGCCUCCUGCGACAGAAUGGAACACAACAUCCUAAAAAUAUAAACAGUACUACCAAGAAUUUAAGUAAAACAGCAGAAAGCGAUAGUGAUGUCGAACAGAAACCAAACGUUCAAGAGACUAUGUUUGUGCGUAGGCAAAGAGCAAAGAAUCAAAGGCAGCCUACAACUAGGAUGUUGGAAUCAAAAGUGUUGUCAUCAGAACAACCUGAACAAGAUGGUUCAGAGAGGUCGAUAGGGGAAACUCUGUUACGUCUUUCUCAGCAGUCAUCACAUGAGAUUGAACUUGGCCGUUUGGAGACCAAAGAAAAAAACAGGUUGGAACCAUUGAUGACAGAUCCUAAAAAGGAAAGCCUGUUGCAAGGGACACUGACACCAGAUGCUGUUGCUGCAUCAAGACUCUGUGACCCAAAAUAUGCAGGAAAACCAGAGGAAGUGCAUUCAUCUGUGAUGCCAUCUGAAGCAAAGAGGGAAAAAAUGGAUGAGAAAGAGAGAUCAAGAAGUAGAUCAAUUGAAAGAUCUUCUGAGAUUCAAUCUAAAGACAAGAAAUCUAUUAGAAUAUCUGAUGACCAUAGAGAUGUACUGCCCAGGAGUCAACCUGAUGAAAGAUCAUCCAGAACUACGUCAGAUUACAAAAGAAGUUCUCCCAGUAGAUCUACAAGGAGCAGGUCGGAUGACAAUAGAUCAUCUAGGAGUAAAUCUCGUGACCGCAUCUCAGAAGAAAGAACUAUUGAGAAAGAGAGAUCAAGAAGAAAAUCAGUUGAAAGAACCACUGAGAAUCGGACCAGAAAGGAGACAUCUCCCCCCAAUAUAGAAGAAAGAACUGUUGAGAAAGUGAGAUCAAGAAGUAAGUCGGUUGAAAGAACUUCAAAGAGUCACUCAAAAAAUGAAUUGUCUAUGAAAAUAUCUGAUAACCAUCGAGAUAUGCAUCCUAGGACUCGCUUGCGUAAAAGGUCUCCAAGAACAAAGUCAGAUUACAGAAGAUGUUCUCCCAGUAGGUCAAAUGAUGAAAGAUUUUCCAGGAGUGAUUCUCGAGACCGGGCGGUUGGUAAAAGAUCAUCCAAUUAUAAAUCCUGUGAGACUGACAGAAGAUCAUCUAGUGGUAAACCCUGUAGCAAUUCCAGUGAUGAAGCCAAUGACCCCAAACUAAGUAAAAAUAUUCGUCCAAGAAAGUCAUCUUCUUCUCAAAGUCUAAGGUCAGGAAGGGAUGUAAUAGUGAAACAAGCUGAGUCUCUGGCAUUCAACCGCUCUGGUUCCCGCAGAGGAAAUGUUUUGAGGGACAGACAUAACGAUAGAGACAGAAGGGAUAGUAGACGUUCCAGUACUCCAAUACAAGAGUCCAGUAGAGACUCCUGCAGAUCGAAAGAAAUUCACAAAACACUGAGCAGUAUUAUAAUGCCUUCAAGAAGGGAAAGAAGCCAGAGUCGGGCAAAAGAAAGAAUGUCUAGCAUUGCGAGAGAUUCUGUUGCGAAGGCUAAGGCUGUGCUUAGCAAGCGUUCAAGUAGCAAUUUCUCUCCCAAUAAAUCCCAAACGCAUUUGUGCUUCGAUGGGUUGACAGACUGGGCAAAAACAGAUUCAAGUCUUAGGGACCAAGGUAGUGAUAGGAAACGGAAGCACAGAUUGUCAUCUUCACUGGGUAAAGAAUCCCAACUCAAUGCCAAAAAGUUGAAGGCAGGUUCUAGCAGUGCAGAUACCUAUAAAUUAUACGUUGAAACUGAGAUUCACCUUGGGGAAGAUGUUUCCAAUACUUUUACAUAUGAAGAAGGACACACUGUCCUUGCCUGUGGAACAAAAGACUCUAUUGAAUGUACCUCUAGUAAAGUUUUGGUACCGCACUCAAGUGUUAGCGAUUCCUAUGACACAACACAGAGUGAUAUGUCCUAUUUGUAUGCAUCAGGGUUUCAAGGUGAUAAUGGUGGCCCGAAUCAGUCAACAGAUGCUGCAGGAUUAGGUUUGAUUAAAGAGACUGAAAAGAACAAAGAAGAUGGUGAGCUGUCAGAAGGAGAAAUCAUUAGUGAUGAUGAUGAUGUAAAGGCAAGUAGAACUGAAAAAUCCAAACACAGUUCUUCAGGGAAGAAAAAGAUGCAUUCAUCAAAACACAAACAUAGUCACCACCAUACCAAACAUAAGAGCAGGUCAAGUACUGUAAAAACGGCUAAAAGAGGCAAGAAGCACAAGAGGAAAAGCAGUUCCGAGCAAGAGGCUCUAGAGAGGAAGAAAAGAAUUAGGGAAAGCAAUAUUAGUGAUGAUUCAAUACAAUCGAAGACUCCGGAUGAUGUUGCUCCAUGUGCUACAGAUGUAGAGGUAUUACCAUGUUUACAUGACCAAGGUGAACCAGACACUGCUUAUGAAAUUACAAAUUGUUGUGGGGACCAGGAAAAAGAUGGAUCAGUGUCCAUUGAAACCAAAUUGGAUAACCAUAUAGCACCCAGCAAUGAACCAGAAGGCGAAUGUGAUUCACAAAUCACCAAAUCAGCAUUAAGAACCUCUGGAGAUAUUGAAGUCCAAACCUUGACAAACGCUAACACUUCAAGCUCUCCUGUGGAAGGACAGGAGCUUUCUGAGGUUCAGGACGAAAGGAUAAAUGAAAGAAUUCGUAAAACAGAAGAUCAUGCCAGAAAUGAAAGUGUCACAAACCUGAAUAUUGUGACUUUACCACAGGAAUCUAUUUCUACACCCAUCAAGGAAUCGGCUUUUGAAGGAGAGCCGGGAAUGGCAGACAGAGAAACAGGAAUAGCUAAUGUUAGUAGAGGAAUUUUGUUUGAGGAUCUGUGCCUGUCCUCAUCUGUGGAUGAUACAUCAUACCUGUCCUGUGUUGGAACUGGCUCAGAAAAUGUUAAGAAUAGUUUCUUGAACUCCUUGGAAAAGCCUGAUGGUCAAGUCAAGGACACUAAUGAUUCUUUGGGGAAUAACCAAGCUUUUAAAAUAGAAGAAAGCCAAACCGGUGAAGCAGAGAUCGAUGACCCAACCAACUUGAAUUUGCAACAUAUUCAUGCCCCACUUGAAACAAACAGUAGUGAAUGUGUUACUGCUCCAAGUAAUUCAGAGGGAAACAUUUCUGACUUACAAAUGGAAAAUACAUUAACUGGUAAAAUGGUGGCAGGUGAAACUUACCAGGAAAAGGUCCAAGAAGGAGAAGAUGUCAAUAGCAGUCUUUGUGAUGCAUCAGUGGAGUUGAACACCAGUAAAUCAUCUGAACCUGUUCAAGGCAUUGCCGUUGAUCCAUGUGUGAAUGCGUUGAACAAUGAUGAUUCAGUGAGUGAUCAUCCAGUCUUUGAAGAAGAGAACGAUGCAGUGUCCUUGCAUGCAGGAAACGGAGGCCUAGAUAGUUUUAUGCAUGACAGUGCCCCCAAGUUGAAAAAUGACUUUGAUCAACUCUUCAGUGAAAUGGAAAGUGUCAGUAUCUUGAAGGAAUCAGAACAAGUUGAUGAGGCGGAGACUUCACUGCAGUUGACAUGUGAAUGGAGUAAUAUAGAGUUCCAGGAUUCAUCCACCAAGAUGGGUGCUGAGCCUGGUCAAGGAUCUGUCACUGUAGGUGCUCCUGUCUUUGAUGAUGGGUGUGCCCAAGACAUGGACUAUGCUAAGAAUCCUCUAGGCAUUGACAUGUCGUUAUCAGGUCAAGAGGAAGGUGGAGAGAUGGACAUAAAGGUUAGAAAAGAGAACGGAAAAGGAUUUUCCCGCAGUGAAACUGGAGAAACUUCAAAUGAAAAGCAUUUUAAAAUAUCCUCAGGUAAAGCAGCUGAUUUGCAAUCUAAAGACUUAAGCUCUUCCAAAGUUGACCCUCUUAACCUUGGAAAUGUAGUCAAAGGUGUAUGUGAUGCCUUUGCCUCAGGAGCAGCUGGAGCAAGUACAGUUGAAGAGAAGUCGAGUACAAGUACAGUUCAAGAGAAGUUAAGUAAUACUGCAGUAUCUCUAAGGGUUGGCAAUGGUGCUCUCAAAGAGCCCUCCCCAGCGGUUGAGAGUGAACGGACUGAUGAGCAGACAGGAAAUGUAUCUCCAAGCACAGUGACAGAGGUCGACCAAGAGCAUCGGCAAGAAGGUGAAAGAACAUGCCAAAGGAAAGGUAGAGAUGAAUCUCUAGCUUCCAGUAAUGCCACUGAGAGAAGUGAUGAGGGAGGGUCUGAAAUUGAACUUGACUUCAUAGAAGAUGUUGAAGAAGAGCAAGAAGAACAUGAACGCGAGGAAGAGGCAGCGGAGGAGGAACAAGAGGAUAGCAUCUACAUCAUUGAUAUACAGCCUGCAACUUCUCAUGAAAAGAAAGAUGACUCAUGUUCAGAGAGUGAGGAGGAGAGGGAGGGGAUGAACCAGUCAGGUAGUAGUUCCGCUGAUCUAGAAGGUAAUGUUCAGCCCUUUGAACCUGCAGAAAACAGUCUUGGAACAGAACUAAAAAAAGAUGACUGCAAAGAGAUAGAGAGAGACACCAAGAGUGAUAAUAUAGUUGAAGAUGAAGAUGCAAAUGAGGAGGGUGGACAAAAGUGUGAGGAUUCAGAAGGAGAAGAAGGAGAGAUCUUAGAAGAUGGUGAAGAAGAAGAGACUGUUCCAGAUUCCCGUAGCAGACAUGACAGAAAACGACCACGUGAAGAUUCAAGGACAGAUCAACGACAUGAGGCAGAAUCUGAAAGAUCUCAUCCCAGCCGCCAUCACCACAGAACUGUCCAUCGAAUAUCCUCCAGUGGCAAAAGGGAAAGCGGCUCCGACAGCCGUAAGCCUAUGAAAGAUGGAAGAGGUGAGAGAGGUAGAAGUGGCUCAUCAGAACAGAGGUCACACAGAGAUGUGGAGAGAAGAGAGAGCAGGAGACGCUUAGAGAGAGAGGACAGGGAUUCCAAAGGAAAGUUGCGCAGUGAUGAAAGACACCCCAGGUCAAGACUUGAAGAAAGGCAGAGAGAAUCUGAGAGAAAAAGGGAGGAGGAUAGCAGGAAAACUUUGGAUCGGAGACGAGAAGAAGACCGUCGUAGGAUGGAACGGAAAAGGGAAGAUCAAAGACGAGAAGCACGGAGGUUAGAAGAAGAGCGUGAGGAACAGGAAGAAAGGCGGAGAGUCCGAAGGAGAGAAGAGAGUGAAAAAGCUAGGUCCAAGUUACACGAUAUUGAGAAAAAGUCAAAGCUACAAGAAAGCGAAAAGAAAAGAGAACCGCAAAGAAAAUCAAAGAAAGCAUCAGAAAGUAGGAAGUCAUGAUAAAAACACUUGAAAUAUAGGAAUUUUUUUUAUUUGGUUAACAUAAAACUCACAUAGGUAGUAUAGUCAUUUUUGCACAAUUAUUGAUAGUCCAGAUAAUGACCAUAUUUUAUUUUCCGCUUAAUUCUCCCUCGCAUAGUACACAAACAAGCCAGACCAUUGAUCGCGAGACUCCAGAAAUCUGUCCACUCAUGAUGAAAUGGGAUAUUGUUUGUAUAGGUGUGAUGUGCCAUCAAUGUCCGUUAUUGGCGGAUUAGAUUGUUCAAUACAGUCCAGCAAGUGGACUAAAUUAUUGAUGGCUAAUUACCAUUAAUGUUAUUGUAAAUUCUCAAAAGACCAUAUUGGUAACCUGUGUAUUUGGAAUUAUUUACCGUGUUUUCUCAAAGACGGUUUUCUACUUCCGCCAUCCAUCUAGGUGCUUGUUGUCAACAUAAUGCUCUCAGAUCGUGUGUCUGUCCAUCUCAUUUUUGAUCUCAUAACUAUAGAACCGUUGAAUGGAUCAACUUCAGUCUUCAUCCAAGCAUGGAUAUUGCAUUGACACUGAUCCGAUUGAUUUUCAGGGUUUCAUGGUCAAAGGUCAUUUAAUACCUGAAAAUACAUUAUUCUUGCAAUAAAUGAAAAUCAUUCAAGGAUAUGGGUAAGUACUUACCUCAUGUAUGCAUGUGGAAGUGAAGAUUUGAGGGU